GCAAAAGGGCGUUGAAAGAAUCCUUUGCUGUGCAGCGGCAGGUCCGCAGAUGACGGCUACACAGCGGCAUUGGCAUCUUUCACUCCCCUGAGUGCCGCACCGUAUCCAGUCGAAUAUGCCGAAGAAUCUGUCCUUGUUCGGCAAGUAUCUGCGUAAGGUGGGCAAGAUCCACUGGCGGGGCUUCAAGCGGCACCAGAUCGCCCACCCCAUCCCCGUCAAGGCGUACGGCAGGGAGCCCACCGCGGCGGCGUCGACGGGCCUGUACCACGAUGAGGACUUCAACUACUACUCGUACAUCGUGUGGACGAUGGACAAGUUCUGGACAAAGGCCAAACCCAACACGUUCAAGAAGGACAUUAAAUCCAAGCGGCUCAACACGGAGAUCAAAAACCUCAGAGUCACCACAUCAGGUAGAGAGGAAUGUGUGUGUGGUGUUUAUUGCGUGCGUGCGUGCGGUGUUGGUAUGUGCUGUGCAGCGCUUCACGCGAUGGACGACAUGGGUGGGUUUGACGAGUACAUUUUGCGGACGCCGCCGCAGGAGAUGCGGUCCAACAUGGGCGAGCGGAUGAGAAACGUCAUGUACUUCUACCAACACAACCCCGGUGGGUAGGGUAGGCCGGGGCCGCACGGACGGACCACCACACACAUAUGACUGACUGACACGGAUGGAUGGAUGGAUGGAAGCACGUUUCCCUCUCUUUGUAUGUCUAUUUGUCUGUUCAGAGGUCCGCGAGUGGGCUCUGCCGUGGAAGGUCUUCUUGCGGUUCAAAGACCAGGUAGGUACGCGCAGUACGAAGGAAGGGCGUCCAUGCAUAACCAUCACUCACACACAUGCUGUCGUGCUUGUUUAUGUGUGUCAAUCGGAUUGAGUCAGCGCGACCCCUACUUUGCCCGCCACUGGCACUACCUGCGGAAGGAGAGGAAUGAGAAGUGGUUCGGCAAGGCGUGCGCCAAAUUCUCACCCUACUACCUGCCUCCGGAAGAAAGUACCUACAACCACACACACACACACACACAGAGAGAGAGAGAGAGCGAGAGAGAAGCACACGAAGAGGACGGUAUGCAAUUCGACGCGUGUCGUGUCUGUGUGUUGGUUGGCAGAGAUGCAUCCUGAGCGUCAGGAGUUCCUCGAGGGCUCCGAGCCGCCACAACCCAUCAACAUGUAAGUAACCAAUCAGGAGUGGAAGGACAGGACAGCGACGGCUGGGUGGAUGCCAUUGGGUGCCUUAUGCGUGUGUGUGCGUCUGAUGCUAGGUGGUGGAAGGAGAGUCCUGCGUUGGAGCAGGGCUUUAGGCGGCGGCUCAAGGAGGCCAAGUCGUUCGAGGAGGCACAUCCCGACCACCACGAACCUGACGGAUUCAGGUACUGCACACGCACCGUCGCUGCGACGUGUUGGUGGUUGCGACCAUUGUUGCGUCCAUGUGUGUGUCUGUCUCAACUAACCAGGGAGGGUUACGGUCACGGUGGCGGCGGUCAGCAUGGCAAUGUGAAUCCGAUGCGCAAGCACAAGAAGGAGUACAAGUGGCACAACGUCUACAAGCCGGAGAGCGGCAAGAAGUACUGGGGCGCAUGGAUGAGACUCAGGUCGGCAAGGAUCAAGCAAAACAAUAAAGUCGGAGGCAAGUGAGUGACACAGUGAGUAGGGGCGCCAGCUGCCUGUGUCAUGUCAUGCCUGGAGUGGGUCCUGUACAGUGUUCGUUCAUUCUGGUCCAGUGGUAUGUAUCUGUUAUUGGUAUGUAUGUGGGGUGAGGUCGAUAGAUUCAGCCGGUAUCGACGUGUGUGUGCUUCAUGCCAUUGACGUUUCUUCAUUGCAAAUGGAGCUCCACGCUUUCCUACGGGCUUCUCGUGUACUCUCGAGCUUGUCCAGCCAGCCGAGGAGCUGGGUGACACGCUUGAAAUACACCAGUAGCCCGUGGCCAACGUGCGCGCUUGACGAGUCAAAAACCACAGAUAUACUCAGAUCCUG